CUUUUCCCCUUCCCCCAUCUUUUAGCACAAGCAUCACCCUCUCUCCUACUCCGGACCCUCCUCUCCUCCUCCUCCCCCCUCCUCGUCGGCUGACUGCCUCACUCAAGGCACCUUCGUCGUCGGCGUCAACCCCCCUCCACUACACCUUAUCGAGGAACUCCAAGCAGACACCAGCACUUUGAUGUCCCACACUGGACCUGCACCUCCCCUCGACUCUCAGAACGGAUCUCACCACAUCGACGAACCUCAACACACCGACACCCACCACCACACCGACAGGCAAGCUACCAACAUGUCGGACUCUUCGGGCACCCAACCUGAGGUAUCGAGGCAAGAAAAGGGCGGAGCCGGCGGCAACGCCAACGAUGAGUACGCCAGCCUCAUCGAGUUCAUCCGCAACCAGAAGAGGAGCGGAGGUGACGAGGAAGAGAAUGAUGGCUCCAAGAUCAUCAAGAAGCGCAGCAUGCUGACUCCUUGGAAGACACGUGAAGUCCGUGUGAACAAGGACGGUGAAGAGGAGACCGUCGCUGCCAAGGUGCCAUCUUCAUGGCUCGAGACCGACAUGACACACGGUGUCUCUGAGUCUGAUGUCACCAAGCGUCGUCAGCAAUUCGGUUACAACGAGCUGGAAUCUCCUCAUGAGAACCUCCUCCUCAAGUUCUUCGGUUUCUUCACUGGUCCCAUUCUGUACGUCAUGGAAAUUGCUGCCGUCCUCGCCGCUGGUUUGCAGGACUGGAUCGACUUCGGUGUCAUUGCCGCCAUUCUGUUGCUCAACGCCUUCGUCGGUUGGUACCAGGAGAAGCAAGCCGGUGACAUUGUCGCCCAGCUCAAGGCAGGUAUCGCUCUCCGCACCACCGUUGUCCGUGGCGGCCACGAGAUCGAGCUCGAGGCCCGUGAACUCGUUCCCGGAGACGUCGUCGUUGCCGAGGACGGUAAGACCAUCCCAUGCGACGGACGCCUUCUGGCAGACUACGAAGACAAGGACAUGAGCCAGGCCAACGCCAUCAAGGAGAAGAUGGAGGCCUCCCGCCGUGGCGGUGCUGGUGACGAUGAGGACUCCGAGGGCAUCGACAAGGGACCUGCAAUCAUCGCCUGUGACCAGUCUGCCAUUACCGGAGAAUCUCUUGCCGUCGACAAGCACAUCGGUGACACCGUCUUCUACACCACUGGUUGCAAGCGAGGAAAGGCCUACAUCCUGUGCACUGACAUUGCCAAGCAAACCUUCGUUGGUCGCACUGCUGCUCUCGUUCUCGGCGGUAGCAAGGACAAGGGACACUUCCAGAAGGUCAUGGACUCCAUCGGUACGACACUCUUGGUCCUCGUCGUCGUCUUCAUCCUCAUGUUCUGGAUUGGUGGAUUCUUCCGCAACACUGGUAUCUCCAACCCCGCCGACAACAACUUGCUCGUCUACUCCCUGAUCUUCCUGAUCAUCGGUGUUCCCGUCGGUCUUCCCUGUGUCACCACCACCACCAUGGCUGUCGGUGCUUCUUACCUCGCUCGCCGACAGGCCAUUGUCCAGAAGCUCACUGCCAUUGAGUCCCUUGCCGGUGUCGACAUUCUGUGCUCUGACAAGACUGGUACACUCACUGCCAACAAGCUCUCCAUCCACGAGCCCUUCGUCUCCGAGGGUGUUGACGUCAACUUCAUGAUGGCCGUCGCUGCUCUUGCCUCGUCGCACAACAUCAAGUCGCUCGACCCCAUCGACAAGGUCACCAUCUCUACCCUUAAGGACUACCCUGGUGCCAUCGAGGAGCUCGGAUCUGGCUGGAUCACCCACAAGUUCACUCCUUUCGACCCCGUCUCCAAGCGUAUCGUUGCCGAAGUCGAGAAGGACGGUCAGCAGUACAUUGCCGCCAAGGGUGCCCCCAACGCUAUUCUCAAGCUCUGCAACCCCGACGCUGAGACUGCCGGUGUUUACCGAAAGGUCGCUGGUGACUUUGCCAGCCGUGGUUUCCGAUCUCUCGGUGUCGCUAUCAACGAAGGUGGCCGAUGGAGGCUGCUCGGUCUUCUGCCCAUGUUCGACCCUCCCCGUGGAGACACUGCCGCUACCAUCGCUGAGGCUCAGAGUCUGGGUGUUGGUGUCAAGAUGCUUACUGGUGACGCCGUCGCUAUCGCAAAGGAGACCUGCAAGAUGCUCGCCCUCGGUACCAAGGUUUACGACUCGCACCGACUGAUUGGCUCUGGUGGUAUGGCCGGAUCUGCUAUCCACGACUUCGUCGAGGCUGCUGAUGGAUUCGCCGAGGUCUUCCCCGAGCACAAGUACCAGGUCGUCGAGAUGCUGCAGAACCGUGGUCACUUGACUGCCAUGACUGGUGACGGUGUCAACGACGCUCCCUCUCUCAAGAAGGCUGACUGUGGUAUCGCCGUCGAAGGUGCCUCUGACGCUGCCCGAUCUGCUGCCGACGUCGUUUUCCUGGACGAGGGUCUCUCGACCAUCAUCACCUCGAUCAAGGUUGCCCGUCAGAUUUUCCACCGAAUGAAGGCCUACAUCCAGUACCGUAUCUCUCUGUGUCUCCACCUGGAAGUCUACCUGGUCCUGACCAUCCUGAUCCUGGACGAAGUCAUCCGAGUCGACCUGAUCGUCUUCCUCGCCCUGUUCGCCGACGUUGCUACCAUUGCCAUUGCCUACGACACUGCUCCUCACGCCCGUCACCCCGUCGAGUGGCAGCUGCCAAAGAUCUGGAUCAUCUCCAUCAUCCUUGGUCUGCUCCUCGCUGCUGGUACCUGGGUCAUCCGAGGAACUCUCUUCCUCCACAACGGUGGUGUCAUUGCCAACUUCGGUAACACCCAGGAGAUUCUCUUCCUCGAAGUCGCCCUCACUGAGAACUGGCUCAUCUUCGUCACUCGUCUGGGUGGUGGUGAGUCUGCCAUCACUCUCCCAUCGUGGCAGCUGGUUGGUGCCGUCUUCGCCGUCGAUGUUCUGGCCACUAUCUUCUGUCUCUUCGGAUGGCUCUCGGGUGCCCCCAACCGAAACCCCGUCACUGCUCCUCACGGUGGCUGGACCGAUGUUGUCACCGUUGUCCGUGUCUGGCUCUACUCUUUCGGUGUGACCGUCGUCAUCACCGUCGUCUACUUCGUCCUGAACCGAAUCCCUGCCCUGGACAGGCUCGGACGAAGGCAGCGAUCGGUCAAGAACCAGGUGUUGGAGGACUUCAUGACCAACAUCCAGCGUCUGACCAUUGUUCACGAGAAGGCCGAGGAGGGCAAGCCAGACGUGUACAGCAUCACACAACGUCUGGAGGUCGAAGACGAGUAAAAGAACAAAGAUGAAGGAUCAAGGAACGGACUGCUUGGUGCAAAAGGUGUGCCUCCCCUCCCAUGUUUCUAUUCUUCCCCUUGCGUUCUUCUCCCCACACACGCACAUAUCCCCACCCCCCAACCAUAUGCUCAAAGCUUUUUUUCGCCUUCUGUUCUCCCUUCUCGCUCCUUUUCUUCUCCUUUACUUCUGACAAAGCUUCUCAGACACAUUUUCGAACAUGGUUCGUCCGUUUUGUUCUUCUCUUUUUCUUUCUCCCCAACCCACACUCUCAAUC